UUCUCCUAGCUCCUUUUAUAUACUCUCAAUUCCCAGAAAACCUGAGAUAUAGAUAUCAUAAUCUUGUUAACUUUUUCCUUUCUUGGUUAAUAUGCUUUUAUUAACAGUAUAAUUCUAUUAAUUGGCCUCAUUUCCAUUAAUGAAACCUUUUUUUUUUUUUUUUUUUUAAUAUUAGCUUUUCAAGGCUCUCUGUUUUUGUCUUUUUCUGUGAUGAGUAGUACUCAGAUAUCGUCCCUACUAAUAUAUACAGAGAAGAAAAAAAUUUAUAAAUAUUGAAACUUGGCAUUUAGACAGCUCUGUUUGUUGUGGCACAGAGAUCCAUAAAAAUAAAACCACUUUGUUUUUCUUUAAUUUAUUUUUCUCUCAGAUUUAAGCAACCCCACAAAAAAAUAUAAUGCCACUCAUUUCUUUAAUCUCAACACUUUUUACUUCAUUUUAAUGAUACCCCAUUUUGGGUUUUACAUUGUUUAAUGAUAUUUAUAAGGUUGUUGUCGAAAAAAAGAUUUGAUUUUUGAUUGGAAAUUGAAUCAAGAAUGUCUUUUACUUCAUUUUAAGGAUACCCUUUUGGGUUUUACAUUGUUUAAGGUGAAAAAAGAUUUGAUUUUUAAUUGGAAAUUGGACUUUUUACUUCAUUUUAAGGAUGCCCUUUUGGGUUUAACGUUGUUUAAGGUAAAAAAAAAAUUGAUUUUUUUGAUUGGAAAUUGAACCAAGAAUGUCUUCAUUGAAUGUAUCGACAUGGGUAAUGGUUGCAUGCAUGUCAGGUGCUUGUAAAAAUGUGCAGCAGAAUUCAAAGACUUGCAAAGAGCUUUCAUUUUCCAAUUCUUGUUUAGUGAAUAAUGGUUUUUCUUCACUCUAUGGAUUUGGAAGUGGUUAUCCUAAUUGUUGGAGGAGCAAAUUUAGUUGCAGUGGCAAACAAGGUGUCAUAAGAGCCAUUGCCGUACAACCAGAAAUGGAAGUUGCAUCAAAGAAGAAACCACCAACCAAGGAAAGGCGAGUGGUUGUGACAGGAAUGGGAGUGGUCACACCAAAUGGUCAUGAUCCUGAUGUGUUUUAUGAAAACCUUCUUCAAGGUGUCAGUGGCAUAAGCGAGAUAGAAGCUUUUGAUUGUUCGCCUUUUCCAACAAGGAUUGCUGGAGAGAUCAAGUCGUUCUCAACUGAUGGCUGGGUGGCACCUAAACUUUCUAAAAGAAUGGACAAGUUCAUGCUUUACAUGCUAACAGCUGGCAAGAAGGCAUUGUCAGACGGUGGAAUUACUGAAGACGUAAUGAAAGAAUUGAAUAAAACAAGAUGUGGAGUUUUGAUUGGCUCUGGUAUGGGUGGGAUGAAGGUCUUCAAUGAUGCAAUAGAAUCUUUAAGGAUUUCUUAUAAGAAGAUGAAUCCUUUCUGUGUACCAUUUGCCACUACAAACAUGGGCUCUGCAAUGCUUGCCAUGGACCUGGGAUGGAUGGGUCCGAAUUAUUCAAUUUCAACAGCAUGUGCUACAAGCAACUUCUGCAUUUUAAAUGCUGCGAACCAUAUCAUUAGAGGUGAAGCUGAUAUGAUGCUCUGUGGUGGAUCAGAUGCAGUAAUUAUACCAAUUGGAUUGGGAGGAUUCGUUGCAUGCAGAGCACUUUCCCAGAGAAACAGUGAUCCUACUGGAGCUUCUCGGCCUUGGGAUAAGAAUCGUGAUGGAUUUGUAAUGGGUGAAGGAGCUGGAGUCCUGCUUCUGGAAGAACUUGAGCAUGCCAAGAGAAGAGGUGCAACUAUCUAUGCUGAAUUUCUGGGUGGAAGCUUUACAUGUGAUGCUUAUCAUAUGACCGAGCCUCAUCCUGAAGGAGCUGGUGUUAUCUUAUGCAUAGAGAAGGCGUUAGCUCAGUCUGGUGUAUCCAAGGAAGAAGUGAACUACAUUAAUGCACAUGCCACUUCCACACCGGCCGGGGAUCUCAGAGAGUACCAAGCGCUUGUACGUUGUUUUGGCCAGAACCCAGAGUUACGAGUGAAUUCUACGAAGUCUAUGAUUGGUCACCUGCUAGGAGCUGCUGGUGCCGUUGAAGCUGUAGCAACUGUUCAGGCAAUACGAACUGGAUGGGUUCAUCCAAAUAUAAAUCUUGAAAACCCAGAUGAGGGUGUGGAUACAAAUUUACUUGUCGGUCCCAAAAAGGAAAGAUUGGAUAUUAAGGUGGCAUUAUCUAAUUCAUUUGGAUUUGGUGGCCAUAAUUCGUCGAUCUUAUUUGCUCCUUACAAGUAGAUAUCUGUGACAAGGCUGGUCCUAUUCAACAGGCCAAAGGAAAAUUUAAUAGGGUCCUUGAUUCCAAGUUACAUGGAGUCAAAGUUCUCAGAAGGUGGUCUCAUUUUACUGGAAUCAUGGUUUUGCUUUGUUGCAACAUAAUUUGAUGAGACUUCUCUAGUGGAAGAAGCCAAUCCUUGUAGAUAAUUGUUGGAGCAAGCACAUAAAGGGUCAAUAAUCGCGUAGGAUUUCCUUUUACUUUUCGAUCAUGGCCAUUGUGACAUUCUUGUUUUCGAUCAUUAAACUGAUAUCUUGUUUUCUUAGGCAUCAGAAAAUGAUUGUGUGGAAAUGGCGUUACUAUAGAACCUUUGAAUGAUAGCACAUAUCAGCUCUUGUGGACAUAUCAUAUUAUUUUCUCUUAACAACUUUAAGUUUUGGUUUC